AAACUAACCUCAAAAUUAUUUUUGUUUUGUUUUGAUGCAAUGUGCUCAUGGCUUUAUGCGGCGUUUUGUUUGUGAAUUAAGUAGAUAUUUCUUCUUUAAACUAUUAUUAGAAUUCAUAUAAAUUUAGAAUAAUGAUAAUUCUACUAGCUGACAAUCUUUUCUCUCUUCAAAGACUUUCACUUUGUACAAAAUACGAUGAAUUUUCCACUAAGUACGUGUCACUUCAACUUUCUUCAGACUUUGAAUGUUUAGUCCAGGUAUUUUCUAAGAGAGAGAUUGAUCCCAGUUACUGUGUACUAAAUUGUAGUGUUAUUAAAUGCUCCAAUUUUGAAAAACCUAAUCUCCUUUUAGAGAUUGGUUCGGUCUUGAAAAACUUAAAAAGUUUGGAAACAAGUAGUUUACAAGUUGUAGAUCCUGUAUCAAACAUAAAAGUAGUUUCGUUGUCUGUAGUUUUCACCAAUGCAAGACUCACCUCCAAAUGGAAAUCUAAAAAUGAAGUAGUUGUUAGUAUAGUGAGAGAAAUUUUAAAAAUGUUUGUCUUCACUAACAACUGUAUUAUAUUUCCAAAUUGUGUGGGUGCUUCAAAAUCGUUGGGCAUACAUUGUCUUCUAAUCCACGAUACUGGUGGUGUUUGUGGAAGAAUCACAUCUUCAACGAGGGUUAACAUAGUGAAUUCAUUGAGCAAAUCUUGGUUUGAGCUACAAAAACCUCUAGUUUGUCCCAACCCUAAUAACGCUAUGUACAAACUGUUCAAAAGCCACUGUGUGUUUGAGAGGACUACUGAGUCUCCGCUGAUAAGUCACAACAUUUUGUUGGUGGGUCCUUCAGGAUGUGGCAAAACAACUCUGGUGAAAAGUGUAGCUUUUGAUUGUGGGGUACCAAUCAUAACUCUCCUAGGACCGGAAGUAAGUAGCUCAGAUCCGGGUCAAACAGAGCGUAACAUCAAGGAAUUAUUUGAGGAAGCAAAGUUGAUUUCCAAGGAGAAACCUGGAGGCAUGUGUUUGAUUUUUCCUGGACCAAGUAGAUGCCCUUGCCGGGAAAGAAAGUGCCACCCAUUCUGCUCGAAUCAUCUCGUUAGUUUUGGAUCAGUUGGAUUCAGUUAGCAGAGUUAAAGGAGUCCUAGUUGUAGCUGCGACAGACAACCCGGAAGUUCUAGUGCCUUCGAUUAGACGACCUCCUCGUUUGGCGGUUGAAUUGUUGAUGGGUGUUCCGUCCCUGUGUGAGAGAGAAGAAAUGCUGAGGAACCUUUGUUUAAAAAUGGAAGUUGACGACAGAUAUUGUAAAGAGAUAGCAGAGAAGACUCCAGGAUUUGUGGCUGCUGAUCUAUCUCUCUUAGUUUUGAAUGCACAACGGAAGAUUUCCAAGCUACCUCGCCAACCUAACAAAGAUGAGGUCCGUAAAGAGUGGCUGAGUGUCGUCUGUGAUGCGAGGCCAUCUGUGCUACGAGGCGAACAGGCCUUGGUUUCUGAGAAGGCCAUCGAUUUGUCGGAUAUUGGAGGGCUGCAACAAUCCAAAAUUUCACUGCAAAAAGCUGUGGAGUGGCCACUGUUUUACCACGACUCCAUGAAGCGGCUUGGCAUCAUGCAGUCAAAGGGAGUUCUGCUGUACGGACCACCGGGCUGCGCGAAAACCAGUCUAGUCUGUGCUAUAGCCAGCAAGCUUAACAUCACUUUCUUGUCGAUAUCAGCUGCUGCUAUCUAUUCGCCGUAUGUUGGCGAUGCUGAACGUACCAUCUCACAACUCUUCAGAAGAGCCAGACUUAGUGCACCUUCUGUACUUUUCAUUGAUGAAAUUGAUGCACUGGUGGGUAGCAGAGGCCUUGGCAUGCAUAAAGUGAGUGAGAGCGUUCUAUCAACCCUGUUGACAGAGAUGGAUGGUGUUGGCGUCAAACUCGAGAAAAGCAUUGAUAUUGAAGAGAGCUUCCAACCUAAGGUGGUAGUGGUGGCAGCGACUAAUAGACCAAAUCUGCUGGACCCAGCUCUGGUUCGGCCGGGACGUUUUGAUAGAUUGGUGUAUGUCGGACCACCAGAUCGCCACGAAAGACUCGAGAUUCUACAGAAACUAACCAGAAAAAUACCUCUAGGCUCAAGUGUAAAUCUUGAAGAAUUGGCUUCAAAGACCUCUAUGUUCUCAGGGGCAGAUCUAUCAAGUCUCUGUAAAGAGGCGGCUUUGAUAGCCAUGUGUGAAGGUGGGAUGAACGUCGAAUAUGUGGAGCAAAGCCAUUGGUUGAAAGCCCUCGAGUCUAUGGAACCAUCUCUCACCCAAGAGCAGAUCGACUGUUACAGUAAUAUCUCUUUCAAAUGAAUUAUCAUUUUCUGUUUCUCCCUCUCACUUUCCUUGCUCCACCUACUACCAUGGGCGAGGAAAGUAUUACCAUCGAGAAAUGAUAGCAUAAGCAGAUAUAGAAGACAAGAAGAGUAGACAAGGAGAGGAAAAGAGAGAAAGGAGAGGAGAAGGGAAGGAAUUCUAAUGCUAAGAAUCGAGAGACUAAGAAAAUAGAGGAAUAACGAUAAUGGACACAUGCUCUUUCUGAUAACAGGAAGAACAAUUUGAAAAAUUAGAGUACUUUAAUAUAUUUUUUGAAAGCAAUAUAUUAGAGAAAAGAUAGCAUAAGAAGAUAUCCCAUGGUAUAGGACGUUUAUGGUCCACAUUUCAAGCCGAUUACUGUCGACUACUGUCUAUUAUCAGUAUUUACAAUGAUGUGGGCAGGUCUUACAAGGACGAGAAUGCAUAAGAACGGCACAGUAUGAGAGACUACCAGCGUCACAUAGCUGUCUUGUCAAUGCCUUCUUUAGACGGUAGCCGAUACAGGUUCAUUGAUGUAAUAUCAACUAUUCAUUCUCGUUUAAAAUAAUCAAUUAUAUAUUUUAUUAAGCAAGAAAUUAUAUGUUUCAAUAAUUUCAUGAUGCAUAAGAACGGCACAGUAUGAGAGACUACCAGCGUCACAUAGCUGUCUUGUCAAUGCCUUCUUUAGACGGUAGCCGAUACAGGUUUAUUAAUGUAAUAUUAACUGUUCAUCCUCAUUUAAAAUAAUCAGUUAUAUUUUAUUAAGCAAUAAAUUAUAUUUUUCAAUAAUUUCAUAAUGAAUUUUCAUAAUAUAAAGAUAAUAUAUUUUUGUUAGUUAAAUAUUAAUACUUCAUUGUUAAAAGACGAUCUGGCAACAGAGCAAAGCGAAAAAGAGAUAGCGCUAUCCAUUCUGUUGAAUGAUAGACAAAGAUAGCAAUACAAUUGCUAAUCGAACACUGCUAUUAUAACGUGGACCACACUGUAGGACCAUCCGGUUUGAGUUAACAGUAGUGAUAUUAUUUGGUACAUAAAUGCUCUAUACCUUGGGAUAUCUUCUCUAUCUUAUCAUAGAGAAAAGAUAGCUUAAGGAGAUAUCCCAAGGUAUGCUUGUUGCAUAUUUUCAAAUAUCACUGUUAACUGAUCGACCGCUGAGAAGCGAAGCUGAGGUCUUCGACUCGAUCGGCUUUUGUCUGUUUGUUUGUUUGUACCGCAGUUACAGUCGCAGUUAUUGUCCGAUUUGGAUGAAAUUUGGUAUACAAGUUCUUUGAAACAAGGUGCAGAAACGUAUGUGUAACGAUUUUUGAUAAGACCUCUGGUUUUAAUAUAAAUUGAAUAUAAAUUGUGCCGCUCUCAAAUGUGCUGUAUUGAAUGAAUGGUAUCGUUGGAAUGCUAUCGAUAGAGGACAAGAGUUGUAAGCGGUGAACCUUGAAACGUCUGAGCCGCUCCAAAUCAUACUGUAUUUAUAAAAUUGAAGAAAACUUCUCACUUGAUGGCACUAUUUCUUCCCUUUUCAACACGAUAUUUCCCUGUUUCAUAGAUGAAUAGUUUCUAGACCUACCGAACCGGCCGUAGACAUCACAGCUUAGUUAGUUAGCUCUUGUUUUCGUUUUAGUAUGAGAUCGGAAAUCUACUUGUGAGCAUAAACAUUCUGCAUAGGCAUAACAAGCCGCCAUAACAUUGAAUCCACUUUUCAUGAAAAAAUUAUCAGCAACCUCCUGUCAUUGUCACCAACAAACCUAUCUUAUUUAGAAUCAUUUUCCGUCUAACUAUCGUCUGUGAGACGAUUCAUAGUCUAAAUUGCUUACUGCAUAUAUUCCAUUUUUCUAUCAAUUGACCGAUUUCUUAUAAUUAAUUUUUAGAAAAUUUGUAAUAUUGUAAAUAUGGGGACGAUAUGAAGGUACCUCCUUGAGAGACAUUUAUAAGUCCGGUGUCCCUGGAAACAAUGUCUUUAGCACUUUCAAUGGAGAAAAUGAUAGAUGACAUGAAUAAAUCUUCACAAUAUACUGUACUUCCUUAAUGGCCCUUCUCAUUAGUUUAAAAGUUGUAGGCUAUUCAUGAGCGAGGUCUACUGUUCGCAGAACUACUAGUAGUCCUAGUAGUUGUUUUUCGUGAAUCUAUGUGACGCUGGUAGUCUACCAUAAUGUACCGUUCUUAUAAAUUCUCACCCGGCGAUUGUAAGCCCGCCCACAUCAUUGUAAAUACUGAUAAUAGACAGUAAUACACAGUAGUCUACAGUAAUAGGCUUGAAAUGUGGAACGUAAACGUCCUAUACCAUGGGAUAUCGAAAAAACAUGUCUCAGAAAAAAAACAUGUGUCCAUUAUUCCUCUAUUUUUGAGGACAUCUUCUUAUGCUAUCUUUUCUCUUUAAUAUUGCUUUCAAAAAAUAUAUUAAGGUACCCCAAUUUUUAAAUCGGAAUCUCCUCUCCGUCUUCAGGAAAAAACAUGUGUCCAUUAUUCCUCUAUUUUUGAACUCUAUUUCCUCAGUCUCUCUAUCUUUCUUAGCAUUAAAAUUCCUUUUCUUCUCCUCUCCUUUCUCUCUUUACCUCUCCUUGUCAUCUUUUCUCUUUCACCUUCUUUCUCUCUCUUUUCCUCUCCUUCUCCAAGAAUGGACUUAGGUUUCAAACUCUGCAGUUUCAUGUGAAACAAAUUACAGUAAUAUCUUAAUUAUUGCAUAUUUUAUCAUCUUUCUCUGCUCCAUAUCAUUGUAAAACUCUUUAGUCUGUAGGUUAAAAUAAUUGAAAUAAUGUUAUUUUAAUCCUAGUCUUAAUUAUUUUCAACUCUAGAACGUAAGUUUUAUUCUGUUUUAUUACACACAUAAAUAAGGGAUAUUUAUCUCCUCUCCUUGUCCACUCCUCUCUAUAGUGAGGUCCACGUUAUUAUGGCAGUGUUUAAUUAGCAAUGGUAUUGCUAUCCUUGUCUAUCAUUCAACAAAGCGGAUAGCGCUAUCUCUUUCUCGCUUUGCUCUGUUACCAGAUCGUCUUCUAACAAUGUAGAAUUAAUAAUAAAUUCACAAAAUAUUCUAUCUUGAUUUAUGAAAUCAUUGAAAAAUAUAAUUUCUCGCUCAAUAAAAUAUAAUUGAUUAUUUUAAACAAGAAUGAACAGUUGAUAUUACAUAAAUAAACCUGUAUCAGCUACCGUCUAUAGAAGGAAUUGACAUAAGAGAGGAUCGGCAACGUUGUUCUCCUAUCUUUCUCCACUGCCAUUAUAACGUGGACCUCACUAUAGCUUGAAAUGUCCUUUCAAGCUCAUUUUUUACCUACUUGUUACUUGGAUAAAAACUUCAAGCUUGAGCUACUUAUCCGUCCACAUCUCUUCUUCUCCUUUUUCUCUUCUUCUUGCACUCUGUAUCCUGUUGUAUAUAUCUUUAAUAUUAUAAGUAGUUUAAUUUUUAAUAGUUUAAUUUUUAUUUUAAUCUUUUUUUAUUCACAUUCAGUUCCUAUCCAUAAUGU